AUGGGCUUCAUAUCAGAGCCGCGAAAAGCCAAGACCAGAGCUAUGGAAAAUGCUGAGAACAUCCAGCGCACAAAAGUGGAUCCGCCUCCACAUGUGACUGCCCACAAGCGCCAGCGUACCUUCACAGAUGAGGAGGAUGUUGCUGAGUCUAGCGGUGUUAUCCACUGGCGCUUAAAGAGGCAGUCUUACUCAGAAGAUGUGUCUGCAUUGUCCAAGUCUGACGAGCUUGACUCCGAUGAACAGGUCAAUGAUGAUGGUUCGGACGCUGACCACGAGGAGAGUGAAGGAGAGGAACCAGAGACCACCGCCAUGAUGCUAUCUGAUGAGACUCCAACCUGGCGUGAUCUCGAUAACGCUGUUUCAGAGUCCAUCGACGAAACUACUACCACUUGCGGGGAUUCAGAACUCUACUCCAGUGACAGCGCCAACCCCAAACUCACCUCCGCUGCAUGCCACAGCAUUGCUUCUCUCAUUCGAACAGAGUCUGGUAAGGUAAAGUUGCUCGAUCAAAACCAGGAGACUCGACGAGUGGUCCGGGACGCGAUUGUGGACGCCAAGUGUCACAUUGUCUUUGUUGAUGCCUAUCCUGAACUGAUCGACAAAAACCAAGUCUCGCUGCAAUCUUUGCUUACAGUGGCUGAGAAACGUGGCCUACACGCCAUUAAACAACGUCUUCAAGCGGAUGCGAAGUAUGCCGCUCAACUCGGUAGUUUGGUGGAGCCACGCCUUCCGUUAUUACGCCGUGAGUUGAAAGAGGUUGCAUGCGCCAACAUCGACAGCUACUUUCGCCUUGGUCUUAGCGUAGUCAAGGCAAAAAGACUCAUGGAGAAGCACGCAUAUAUAUAUGCUUUGAAGUUCGAUCUCAACGAUGAACCUUCGCCUAUCGGGAAAAAGCCCUACCAGGGUGACCUACUAAUCUUCCUCAUAUACUCUGGAGUUUUCAACGGCACGAAGUCCAUUGGCGUCAAAUAUGCGGAGCGCUUCGUCAAGAUUGCAAACAACAAGGCCAAUCGCCCCGAAAUACCUGUUCCGUUGCUGGCGCUGGUCGCGACAUCAGUUUACGCUGCCCUCUUUUGGAAAACACUUGGUUCGCCGGGAAAGUUCAAUUUCACGGGGAAUCAAUUCAGUGAAACCUAUGUCUUUCAUGUGAAGUUCCUCGAGGACUUGAAGAAGGACGCACCUGGGAAGUUUCACCACUUGAUGGCCGAUAUCUAUGGAGCUGUACAGGUGUUGAAACGGAAGGGAAAUGAUCGUCUGGCCACUGAGCAUGAAGAUGCACUGGCACUACUCGACCUCGAUGGCAUGGUUGAGGAUUAG